AUGGCCAAGAGCGCAAGAUCCAGCUCGAGGAAAAACAACAACCAGCGGCUCAAGAAGAAUGUCUUCGGACCAAUCGAGUCGGCGAGAACAGAGCGACUUGCUGCCAAGCUCUUGGAGCUGGCUGCACAACCGAAGCCCCAGAAUGUCCCAGAGACCGAGAUGGAGGAUGCUGACGCCCAGAUAGAGGACAAGGCGCAAGCUGCUGAUGUCAACAUCGAGAAGGAUGACGAGGCUAUGGAGAUAGACUCCAAGUCCAAGGCGCCGACCAAGAGCAGGGGAGCGAACAAGAUCCAGAAGAGGCGGAGCAAGAAGUCAAGCAUUGUUUUCCCGAAGUACAAGGACAGGAAGUCUAUGAAGAAGAGAAAGUGA